AUGCCACAUUUCCCCACUCAAAACAAUCAUCAUUUCGGUUUGUUCCUUGGUACCAUCCUGUCGGCCAGUCAGUCGACCAGAGGAGGUGCUCCGAUAACCCACGGUCUCUUCUUCUGCCUUGUUGGAUCGCAUUCUAGUCCUUGUCCUAGUCCAAGUCCUAGUCCUAGCCCUAGUCCUAGUUCUAGUUCUAGCUCUAAUUCUAGUUCUAGUGUUCAUACUAGUCCUAGUCUUAGUCCUAGUCCUAGUCCUAGUCCUUGUCCUAGACCUAGUCCUUGUCCUAGUCCUAGUCCUAGUCCUAGGCCUAGUCCUAGUUCUAGUCCUAGUCCUAGUCUUUGUCCUAGACCUAGUCCUUGUCCUAGUCCUAGUCCUAGUCCUAGGCCUAGUCCUAGUUCUAGUUCUAGUCCUAGUCCUAGUUCUUGUCCUAGUUCUAAUUCUAGUCCUUGUCCUAGUCCUAGUCCUAGACCACCAGGUCCUCCCGGUGACAAAGGUGAUCCAGGCCCAGAAGGCCCUCCCGGUCCUCAGGGAGAGAAGGGCCCACGGGGUAAACGCGGCAAACGAGGUCCCAACAAGGAUGACGACUACGACGAAGCGACGUUAGCACAGUUCCGAGGCCCUCCGGGUCCACCUGGGCCUCCAGGUCUGCCCGGACGAGACGGCCUUCCCGGACACAAGGGAGACUCCGGUGAAGUCGGUGCACCCGGUUCGCUGGGACCACGGGGGCUGGACGGAAUGCCCGGAGAACCAGGCAUCGAAGGACCCCCAGGUCUUCCAGGUUACCAAGGUCCACCGGGAGAGAAGGGUGACCCGGGUGACAUCGGUCCACCGGGACUUAUGGGACCACCAGGACUUCCCGGUCCUCCCGGCUACCCAGGGGUCAAAGGUGACAAAGGCGAUCGAGGGGAUGGCAAGUUUAGGAAAAUGCGAAGGCGGCAGGACCACGAAGGUAUGGCCGAUGAACCCUAUCGAGGGGAAAUGGUCUAUGGUCCACCGGGUCCUCCCGGAGCUCCAGGUCCAAUUGGUCAUCCAGGACAGCCAGGACCUCGGGGGUACGACGGGAAGAAGGGCGAUCGAGGCGAAAAGGGUCAGAAGGGAGAGUACGGACCGAUGGGACUGCCGGGUCCAAUGGGAAUGCGAGGCGAUUCGGGUCCAGUCGGUCCAGUAGGCAAAGCAGGCCAUCCGGGACCCCCCGGUUUGGACGGAAUGAAGGGCGCCCAGGGCGAAACCGGCAUCAAAGGAGAAAGAGGUGAUCCCGGAUUGCCUGGAACGGACGGCAUUCCGGGCCAUGAAGGGCCCCUCGGCGAAAAGGGAACCAAAGGCGAACCGGGCCCCAUUGGGAAACGGGGCCGCAAGGGCGACCGCGGUGACAAAGGUGACCAGGGCGUCCCCGGGCUGGAUGCACCGUGUCCACUGGGAAUGGAUGGGCUGCCACUGCCCGGAUGCGGUUGGCGGGCACCCAAAGUGUAUCAGGAACCGGCGAUGCCAUCGCCACCGCACAAGGACUACCUACCGGACGUGACGGGGACGGAGAACGAGAGCGAGUACGGCGAGGAGGAAGACGACGGCGCCCCGGGCGAACCUGAGGAGUACGAGGAAGAAUACCCGGAAAACGAGAACGGAAACUGAUGACGGACCGCGUACGAUGACGACGACUGACUGCUGGCUGACCGCGGUGACUUUUGAAAGUCAGAAUUUUGCAGCCUAUUUUGGCUGUGGUGUGGAUUGGCGCUUUAUCCGGUUGGGAGUGGUUGGGAACGAGGUCAAGUGUGCCAUGGUAGUUUAUAAGGUGGGUUUUUUUGGUUGGGUAGAAGUAGGCUGAGGGAAAAAUAAAAAUUAAAAACAUA